AUGGCUCAACAAGAAGUACCAACUUUUAAGCUUGUGCUUGUUGGCGAUGGUGGUACCGGAAAGACAACGUUCGUCAAACGUCACUUAACUGGUGAAUUUGAAAAGAAGUAUGUUGUUGAAGUUCACCCUUUAACUUUUCACACAAACUUUGGCCCUAUUUGUUUUAAUACAUGGGACACUGCGGGACAGGAAAAAUUUGGUGGUCUUAGGGACGGUUAUUACAUUCAAGGUCAAUGCGCCAUCAUCAUGUUUGACGUAACAUCCAGAAUUACAUAUAAGAACGUACCAAAUUGGCACAGAGAUUUGGUUCGUGUGUGUGAGAAUAUUCCUAUUGUUCUUUGUGGAAAUAAAGAACGUAAAGUAAAGGCAAAAACGAUUACAUUCCAUCGUAAGAAGAAUCUCCAAUAUUACGAUAUUUCUGCUAAAAGUAAUUACAACUUCGAAAAACCGUUCUUGUGGUUGGCUCCACUUGCACCACCAGAAGUUGCAGUGGAUCCAGCUUUAAUGGAUCAAUAUAACAAGGAGUUAGAAACUGCUGCAAAUCAACCUCUUCCUGAGGAAGACGAUGACCUUUAA